AUGAGAGUGAAGAUAUGUUAUGAAAGGGAACCAAUAAACAUCAUUAAUGCUUAUGCUCCACAAGUGGGUCGUACAGAGAAAGAAAAGAGCAGUUUUUGGAACGAUAUGAAUGAGGUAACGCAAGAACUGGAAGAGCAGGAGAGGAUUGUAGUGGGGGCAGACUUUAAUGGACAUGUCGGAAAUAAAAAUGAUAUAAUUGAACAUGUGCAUGGAGGACAGGGGAUCGGGGAGAGAAGCCCAGAAGGAGGGAGUACUGUAGACUUUACCAUGUCUUUUGAUAUGGCAAUAGUGAACACGUUCUUCAAAAAGAAGAGGGAGCACUUGAUAACAUACAUGAGUGGCGGUCGAUGCACACAAAUAGAUUACCUCCUUUACAAUAGAUCAACUGGUGGAAGCUAG